AUGAAGGGUUUGGAUUGGCUGGAAACCCUGCACGCGAAAGGGUGUGCUUUGCUCAAAUGCUUCAAACCUAGAAAAGUUUCCCUUGACCCCUCCUCCCGCUUCCUCUGCUCUGCGAGCCUCCACUCUCUCUCAUUCGCCCUCUUCUCUCCUAUGCCCUCUCUCUCAUUCACCCUCUCUCCUCUAUGCAAAGCCCAUGCAGAUCUGGAGAUAACUUAUCCUCACUCUGUGAAGCUUGCUGCAACAGAUGCCACCCUCUACGAAGCUUGCUGCAACAAACGCCACCCUCUGCGAAUCUUAUUGCAACAGACGCCACCCCCUCCUCUUGCAAUUGACGACACCCCUCCUCUAUUUAAGGCACCAAUCCGGGUGAAAAUAUGGGCAAAUGGCAUGCAGGUGUAUUGAGAAAGAAAGGGCUUUUGGGCUGUUGUCAUUACCCUUUCUCAAAGUACCAUAGAGAUGUAUUGUUAAUCAUGCUUGAUAAAAAGCAGUGAGCCUUUUUCUUCA